AUGUCUACGACGUCCGAAUUACGCGAAAAGAUCAUCGGCUCCUGGACCCUUGACAAGUGUGUCUCCGUGGUGUUCCAAGGUUUCAUCCGGUUUUCAAUCGAAGACCGACCCAAGCCAUCCAUUGUGAAGCCUUCCGAUGCGGUCGUCAAAAUCACUCACACAACAAUCUGUGGCACCGAUUUGCAUAUUCUCCAGAACGAUAUCCCGGUUAGUCUCGGACAUUUGCUGAGCCAUGAGGGAGUUAGGAGUCAUUUGCUCUAUUGGCCUGGGUGUUACCGACCUUCGCAUCGCGUGUCCGGUGGAUGGAUACUCGGAAAUGAAAUUGACGGUACUCAAGCUGAGCACGUCAGAAUUACACAUACUUCGUUCUCUCUGCAUCCUCUCUCUGACGGCGCCGAGCCCAAGGCGACUGUUAUGCUUUCUGAUGUAUUCCGCACGGCUUACGAAGCUGGUAUGCUCAACGGCCAGGUCAAGCCUGGUUCAGAGGUUGUAAUAAUUGGGUCUGGACCAAUAGGGCUAGUGGCACUUAUAACGCUGAAGAAGCUUUUCGGUCCUUCUCAAGUGGUUGUUAUUGGAAGAGAGCAAUCGAGACUCGAUGUUGCGAAGGGUGUAGGGGUAGAGCAUACCCUCAGCCUGGCCUUUGAGACAGCGCAGGCCCUCGUGGCUCCCGGCGGCACGAUUGCGUCUCUCGGUGCUUAUGGCUGCAAAUGCGAUUUAAAUCUUGAAUACUUGUUGGGGCGUAACAUAGCUGUCAAAAGUAGGGUGGUUGAUACCAUCGGCACUCGAGACAUCCUGACACUAUCGCUAGAUUCCUCGUUCGAUGAAGUUAAGAAAGCAUACGUGGGUUUUGGCGCUGUGUCAAAGCAUGACGUACUGAAGGUGGUGAUUACCAUGUAA